AUGAAACUGCACUGGACAAUAUUAUGGUCUCUGUGGGCAGCCAGACUAUUACAGCAGCCUACCGUCGUAGUGCAAGUGAGUGGCGGACUGCUACGUGGUACCAUCGCUCCUGACGGCACGCAUGCCCAAUACUUGGCUAUACCGUAUGCAACGGUACGGCCAAGGAACAGAUUUCAGGUUCCUGAACAUGGACCAAUGUGGGAUGGAGUUUUCAAUGCUAUAAACGAAAAUGUACGAUGUCCACAGAGAAAAGGCAAGACGUUCGUAGUUGGUCAAGAAAAUUGUUUAACUUUAAAUAUUUACACCCCACUAGAUGCGAUACCAUCUUCAAAAUUACCAGUUAUGGUGUUUAUACAUGGCGGUGCUUUCUACGAUGGCUCUGGAUCAAGACAUUUAUAUGGACCUACAUAUUUUAUGUCUAAAGGCGUAAUAUUAGUAACUAUUAAUUAUAGAUUAAAUAUUCAAGGCUUCGCAUGUCUGGGAAUUAAGGAAGCCCCGGGUAAUGUUGGUUUGAAAGAUCAAGUUGCUGCAUUGAAAUGGAUAAGGACAAAUAUAAAAGUGUUUGGCGGUGAUAUGGAUAAUGUAACAAUAUUUGGAGAGAGUGCCGGGUCUGCGUCCGUGUCUUUCCACGUUCUUUCACCAAUGUCCAAAGGAUACUUUCAGAAGGCAAUACUUCAAAGCGGGUCAUCUCUUUCUUCUUGGGCUAUGCAGUACAGACCAGUUUAUAUGGCGAGCCUACUAGCAAAAGCGAUGGGUCAUAAUACAGAAAAUGCUCGUGAAAUUUAUAAUUUAUUUAUGAAUAAAUCAGAUACAGAGCUGAUAGUUACAAGAGUGCCAAGAAAGGAAGGAAAUGUUAUUAUUUCUGAAUGCCUUUAUGUGCCAUGUGUAGAAGAAAAUAUAGAUGGCGUAGAGCCGUUCUUGACAGACAUACCUUACAAUAUAUUAACAAAAGGCGAUUUCAAUAAAGUUCCUAUGAUGAUCGGAUUGAACAGCGAAGAAGGAUAUUUUUUUGCGUCAUUGGAAAACGAUACGACUAUACCGAAGAUUGAAAUAGAAAAAUCGUUGCCCAAAGAUUUGACAUUUCCCACACAUAAUGAAAGAAGAGAGGUAGCAGCGAAGCUGCAUAAGCUAUACUUUGGAGAUAAGAAAAUUUCACAAGAGACGAUACUGAAAAUAGCUAAGUUUCAGGGUGACGCUUAUUUAAGUAGCUCAAUUUUAGAAGAAACAGAAUAUAUUCUUAAAAAUAAUGAUAAACCAAUAUACAAUUACAUAUUUAAUUACAACGGCUGGAGAAAUUUUGCGAAGAUAUUUUCUGGUGAACCUUUCAGGAGUGCUCCUGGAGCAACGCAUGCUGAUGAAUUGUUUUAUUUGUUCAGCCAAGGAUUAUUACAUACUAUGUUUGAGAGUAAAAUGAUCGAUAAGAUGACGACGUUGUGGACAAAUUUCGCCAAGUUCGGAGAUCCAACACCAGAGGUAACGGAGCUGUUACCGUUGAAGUGGUAUCCUACUAACUCUACGUCACCCCAUGCUUUGGUCAUUGAUGAGGAGUUAAGCACUUCCCCCCUCUGGUAUAGUCAGAUUUUAAAAUACUGGCGGCAGUUAUACAGCAAGUACAGGAGGAAAUCUUGA